AUGUCCGAUACUGGUUCCGACCAUGAUGAUUUGAGACCGUCCAAAAGUAAAGAGAGUACAUCAAAUACCGAGUUGUCUACUGAUGGUGCCGUAUCGUUGUUUUCAACAGUUUUAACGAACGCUCUAGAACAGCAGAAGGUUAAUUUAAUCAAGCAUUUCGAAAACCAAUUUAUACAACCAGUGAAGUCAACCGGUGUUUCGACUCCAGAUUUCGUUUUCAAGAGAGAGGGACAUCGCAUUCAGUACUUAUUUAAUACAGAAAGGUCCGACACGAUUUCAAGAAUAGAGAAACUGAUAAGGUCCAAAUCGUACGUUCAGGCGUUGGAGGUGUUAGCAGAAGAGAAAGAAACCUUGCGGAAGAGGAACAAAAUUGUGAAAAUCGCCGACAAACAUGGAUGGGACACCGUUAAUGAAUAUCUUGAUAGUACUUUGGCUGACGAUAAGGAUGAUGCAGCCAAUUUGCGUUCCGCUAUUGCCAGUGCUUCUAGAAAAGGAAAAGUUCAAAACCGUAUGAUCGGCCCAGCAAUAAACCUACAGAAAGUGGAAAUAAAUUCAACGCAAAGAAUUUUUUUCGUGGGAUUAGUCAAAACAGUGGAUUCGGAGAAAAUGCAGGUCAGUCGCAGAACAGAUCCGGGAAAUGCUUCUAUUGCAAUCAACAAGGACAUUUCGCCAGAUACUGUCCAUUCAAGGCAAGUCCGUCAGCAACAGUCAGCACGGCCCCAAAGGAACAAGAAAAGUCACAGUAAAGAACCGACGUUAGAUGAAGAUACUACGAAUGGAGUUGAGUAUAAUUUUGACUUUAUUAACAAUUAUGAAAUUAAAUCUGGAGAUCAAGAUUUCCUAUCAUGA